AUGACAGCAUCCUCAAGGCUACUCAACGAGCUAAUGCUCUUGCUCUUCAAGCACCAAACCACGGUCUCGGACCUCUUGACGCUGUCCUCCAUCAGCGGCAACACACGAUCACUCUUUCUAUACAACAUCUCCAGUAUACUCUUCGAGGCUUCCAAGAACAAAAAACUUCUCUCUGCCGCCAAACCCGUAGUCGACACAGUCUCCGAGGUUGCCAGUCUGCCUACUCAUCUUUGUGAUUGUGCACUUUCGGAAGUGGACGAGUACUACCACUUCCACAAGAAUGUGUCGACCCAGCACUAUAUCGCAGACUCGUUGGCUCCAUUUCCACUGGAGCUACGUGGUGUGCGUAGUCUUUCACGGGUUGUCAAGCUCGCCAUGAUGGUCGCAGAUAAAGCUGUUGGAUUUUGGAUCGCCAGAGCGGAAAAGUGUCGAGCUAAACACGAACCACUCGUUGUCGACAAGGACAAGCUAGCUCAGACAUAUCUCCUAUCGUGGGUGUGUGCAGAAUCGCACUUCUCAAUCAAGCACGAUGCUCGUGCCAGAAACAUGGUGGCCGAGUUGCCCAGACCGGCGCUAACUAUCUUGUGGGAAGUCCACGAUUUCUCAGCAUGCGAUCNNUGGACCGACCGACAAAACUGCUCCUGGGAAGUACAGACCCAAAUGAAGANNCUAAACGACCGUGGGGACAGGGAAGAUCCAUCAGAGGACAUCAACAUCAACUUACGGGAGUGGUGCAUACGGGACUCUCACCUCUAUCCUGCAAGAAAGGCUAGGCAGCAAGCUUGGCCGCAUGAGAAGUAUGACGAAUGGCUGAGCGUGAGACCAGAAGCAUGCAUUUACCAUGAUGCAGUACUCAUCAAGUGGAACCUGGUGCAGACGUACUGGUGGCACAUUUGGGACCGCACGGCAUAA